GUCCAUGGGACGUGACUUCCUACAGAAAAUGGUCGCGGAAAAGUAUAGCAAACUCGAACCCGAGCUGAAGGAAGAAUUGCGCACGAUUGCUCAACAGAUCGUAUCACCUGGCAGAGGUAUCCUAGCCGCUGAUGAAUCGACUGCAACGAUCGGUAAACGUUUUCAGGACAUCAAUGUCGAAAACACUGAAGAAAACCGCAGGGUUUACAGACAAUUACUUUUCACUACAGCGAAAGAUGUCAUCGGACAGCACAUUUCUGGAGUGAUUCUCUUCCACGAGACUCUCUAUCAAAAGGCUGACGACGGUACGCCGUUCGUCGAGUUGCUGAAGCAGCGUAACAUCAUCCCCGGCAUUAAAGUUGACAAGGGCGUCGUUCCACUCUUCGGCACGGAUAACGAAUGCACGACUCAAGGUCUCGACGACCUCCAGGCGCGUUGUAUCCAAUACAAAAAGGAUGGAUGCCACUUUGCCAAGUGGCGAUGUGUGUUGAAGAUCACGAAAGACACCCCGAGCAAACUCGCCAUCAUGGAGAACGCCAACGUGUUGGCUCGUUAUGCUUCAAUCUGUCAGAGCGCCAGGAUCGUGCCAAUCGUAGAACCUGAGAUCCUUCCUGACGGUGACCAUGAUCUCGCCCGUUGUCAACAGGUUUCGGAAGAGGUUCUCGCGGCCGUUUACAAGGCACUCUCAGAUCAUCAUGUAUAUCUCGAAGGAACGCUGCUAAAGCCUAACAUGGUGACGCCAGGUCAAAGUUGUCCAAAGAGGGCGACUCCUCAGGAAAUUGGUGCCGCUACGGCGACAGCAUUGUUACGUACCGUGCCAUCAGCGGUACCUGGCAUCACUUUCCUCAGCGGUGGUCAAUCUGAGGAGGAAGCAUCGGUUAAUCUUGAUGCCAUUAAUAAAUUCCCGGCGAAAAAACCUUGGGCAUUAACUUUCAGUUAUGGACGCGCUCUUCAAGCUUCCGUACUUCGUGCUUGGCAAGGCAAGACCGACAAGGUCGCUGCCGGUCAAGAGGAGCUGCUUAAGAGAGCUAAGGCUAACAGCGAAUCGGCACUUGGCAAAUACGCAGGUGGCGUGGCUGGUGCUGCAGGAGACGCAGCACUUUUUGUCGCCAAUCACGCGUAUUAGGUUGAUCCAUAAAGAAAUUCAAUAUACUGUUAGAAAUAUAAAAUUAAACAGUCAUUGGAAACAUCUCGUAGGAUCGCAUUAUCAACGUUCUUUCCAUUGAAAUCAUGAAAAAAGAAAGGGAUUCCUUCGAGAAUAAUCGAAACGCACACGAAGCAUCCGAAGUUUCCAAGAAGAUAUUAUUCAGUUCCAAGAUUCGAUUGUUCUUGUUUUGUUUUAAUAUAAAUAUUCUUAAGUGAUUCUAUUUCUGGCGGAUUUAAUCGUAUGAUUUUUUAAAUUAAGUUUUAACCAAUCAAAUUUUUUUAAAUGUAAAUUUCUAUCGGUCGAAUAUAAUUUUAAUUAAAUCCCACGUUAUACCCACGUAAUUCGAUUGACGAUUCAAAUCAAUAAUUUGCAUGUCGAGUAUGUGAAUUGAAAUUUUAUCGAAAUAUCUCUAUUCAACAGUCAGUUAGUUUAAUGAAUAAUUUCAUAAUGAAUGUACAAAAUAUCGAAUUUAGAAUUAUUUUAUAGCCUGGCCUAUCGUGUUUGAUUUCUUGUCAAUACUCUCGCAGCUGUUCUCUGAUUCAUGUAAAUCACGCGGUAUUCAGCAAUUAACUUGACAAGAUUCAAUUUUACUGCAGGCAUCAGAUGAUCGAAUAGAAGUCCGAGACAUCGAGAAAAUACGAGCAGAUUUUGCGACAUUCGAUAUUAUAUGACAUCCAUUAUUAUUAAAUUCUAUAAUAGUACGAUAUAAAGGUAGAUAUAUACAUAUCUGCAUGUAUGAUUAAUAUCAAUAUAAUACUCUUCGUAUAUAAAAUAAGAGCACAGAAACUAUCCAAAAUAAAAUGAAUCUUAAAUGCAGUUGUCUGUUAGCGAUUGUAUCGAGUUUUACGAAAGCAUGCUAUAUUAAUUGUGUCUCAUCUAAACUUAUAUAUGUAUAUAUUAUAAUAUUAUACUAUGUACAUUUGGCAUAGACCUAAUCUAUUGAAAAUUAUAUGGUAUAUCGUCGAUGUUAAUUAUAUUUAUUGUAUUUUGGAUUUAUUGUAUCUAGGUCACCAAAUACAACUGUGGAGGGCAAAAAAA